UUGGCCUUUAGGAGAGCUGAUCUCUUAAUAAAAUACAGAACAACUAUCUCAGAAAAACGAACAUGGGCAAUCGUCAUGACAAAGAGAGAAGUCAUCAGGGUUUUGAUGUGAAUCAAGAUGCCAAAAAGCUGAACAAAGCCUGCAAAGGAAUGGGAACUGAUGAAGCAACCAUCAUUGAAAUCUUAUCAAGCAGGACAUCGAAUCAGAGGCAACAAAUAAAGCAAAAGUACCAGGCAACAUACGGCAAGGAACUGAAGGAGGUGCUCGAGAGUGAGCUGAGUGGAAAUUUCAAGAAGACAGCCUUGGCCCUUCUGGACCGCCCCAGCGAGUACGAUGCCCGGCAGCUGCAGAAGGCCAUGAAGGGUCUGGGCACGGAUGAGGCAAUGCUCAUCGAGGUCCUGUGCACCAGAACCAAUGAGGAAAUUGUCGCCAUUAAAGAGGCCUACCAAAGGUUGUUUGACAGGAGCCUUGAAUCAGAUGUCAAAGAUGAUACAAGUGGAAACCUAAAAAAAAUACUGGUGUCCCUGCUACAGGCUAAUCGUGAUGAAGGAGAUGAUGUGGACGAAGAUCUAGCUGGUCAGGAUGCCAAAGAGCUGUAUGACGCAGGGGAAGGCCGCUGGGGCACUGAUGAACUCGCCUUCAAUGAAGUCCUGGCCAAGAGGAGCUACAAGCAGUUACGAGCCACCUUUCAAGCCUAUCAGAUUCUCAUCGGGAAAGACAUUGAAGAGGCUAUUGAAGCCGAGACGUCGGGGGAUCUGCAGAAGGCCUACUUAACCCUUGUGAGCUGUGCCCGGGACCAGGAGGGCUAUUUCGCUGACCGUCUGUACAAGUCCAUGAAGGGUGCGGGGACGGAUGAGGACACACUCAUUCACAUCUUUGUGACCAGGGCUGAGGUGGACCUUCAGGGGAUAAAAGCUAAGUUCCAAGAGAAGUAUCAGAAGUCCCUCUCUGACAUGGUUCGCUCAGACACCUCCGGGGACUUCCGGAGACUGCUGGUGGCCCUCUUGCACUGAAACACGCCAGAGCAGUAGGAGCUCAGGGAGGAUCCAUCUUGGUCAAGAGCCCAUUCCAAACCAGAUUUGCAAAUGUGACUUCAGCACAAAAAACCUACAAGAGUCCUGGUUUCUCUUCUUGGCAGCUGAGCAGUGCAUCCAGGCCAGGCUGUCUCAGUCAAAGACAGAGGCCUUGAGGCGCUUGGGCAGG